AUGGUAGUAACAAUAGGUUUCCCGAAAGGUAAAGUCAAUAAGGAUGAACCCGAUUCAGUUUGUGCAAUUCGUGAAGUUUUCAAAGAGACUUACUUCUAUCCACGUACUAGAAAAGAAAUUGGUAAAAUUGAAUGGGUGAAAGCAGCAUUACAAGCACAACAACUACAACAACAAUCACAACAAAAUAAUUUAUUAUCAACUUUUAAUGGUCAAUAUAAUAAACAAAAGAGUCAACCAUCUAUAUCCAAUCAUUCCUGA